AUGGAUCCAUUCCUAAAAUGCGGAUGCGCCGACCUCAAAGAUGAAAAAUCGCAAGCAAUUAUAAAAAAUCUUGUAAAGGAGCUCAAUUUCAAGUCAGCUGAGAUGUACGGAUCGCAAAAAUUCCAGUAUCAAAUGCUUCAAGCGAAAAAAAGACUCUUAAAUUAUAAUGUCGACUUCCAUAAUCAUAUAGUCUUAAAUUUGGCUAAACUAUUUGGUAUCUUCUAUGAAAAGCAGAGGCAUUAUAUUUCUGAAGUCUUAAUAGUAAUUGUUUCAACACCUCCACCUAAUUCGCUAUCAC